AUGCAGGAGGUCCCCGACACGUGGGAGGAGUUGGAGACCAGCAGCGUGAGCACGGAGGCUCCAGGCUCUGAGGAAGACUCCAAAGACUCCAAGAGCCGCUUCCACAGGGACUUGCAGAACUUGAACAAGGCUGUAGCAAAAUGGCAGAGACAUGGCGUUGCUGAUGUUGAAGCUCGCAUCAGGUGCUCCAAAGCCGCCCAGCAACUCCGCCUGCGGGACAACUUCGACGAGGAGCAUUUCGUUCAGAGUGUCCUGAAGAGGUGUGCCCAAGGCAGCCCCACAUGA